AUGUCUCCUCCGCUCAGCCCGUACAGACCUCACCAUGUCUCCUCCGCUCAGCCCGUACAGACCUCACCAUGUUUCCUCCGCUCAGCCCGUACAGACCUCACCAUGUCUCCUCCGCUCAGCCCGUACAGACCUCACCAUGUCUCCUCCGCUCAGCCCGUACAGACCUCACCAUGUCUCCUCCGCUCAGCCCGUACAGACCUCACCAUGUCUCCUCCGCUCAGCCCGUACAGACCUCACCAUGUUUCCUCCGCUCAGCCCGUACAGACCUCACCAUGUCUCCUCCGCUCAGCCCGUACAGACCUCACCAUGUCUCCUCCGCUCAGCCCGUACAGACCUCACCAUGUCUCCUCCGCUCAGCCCGUACAGACCUCACAAUGUUUCCUCCGCUCAGCCCGUACAGACCUCACCAUGUCUCCUCCGCUCAGCCCGUACAGACCUCACCACGUGUCCUCCGCUCAGCCCGUACAGACCUCUCAUGUCCUCUCCCUCCUCCGCACAGCCCGUACAGACCUCUCCUCCCUCCUCCGCACAGCCCGUACAGACCUCUCCUCUCCCUCCUCCGCACAGCCCGUACAGACCUCUCCUCCCUCCUCCGCACAGCCCGUACAGACCUCUCCUCUCCCUCCUCCGCACAGCCCGUACAGACCUCUCCCCACCCUCCUCCGCACAGCCCGUACAGACCUCUCCCUCCGUACAGGCCUCUCCUCACCCUCCUCCCUCCCUCACCAUCACCUUCCCCCUCACAAUCACCUUCCUCCCUCAACAUCACCUUCCUCCCUCAACAUCACCUUCUUCCCCACCCACCUCACUCACCUCCCUCCUCACCAUCACCUUCCUCCUCACCAUCACCUUCCUCCUCACUCACCUCCCUCCUUCCCUCCUUACCAUCACCUUCCUCCCCACCCAUCACCUCCCCCCUACCAUCACAUUCCUCCUCACCAUACCUUCCUCCCCACCCUUCACCUCCCCCCUCACUAUCACAUUCCUCUCCACCAUCACCUUCCUCCCCACAUCACCUUCCUCCCCACCCAUCACCUCCCCCCUCACCAUCACAUUCCUCCUCACCAUCACCUUCCUCCCCACCCAUCACCUCCCCCUUACCCUCACAUUCCUCCUCACCAUCACCUUCCUCCCCACCCAUCACCUCCCCCUUACCAUCACAUUCCUCCUCACCAUCACCUUCCUCCUCACCCAUCACCUCCAUCCUCACCAUCACCUUCCUCCUCACCAUCACCUUCCUCCCUCACCAUCACCUUCCUCCCCACCAUCACCUUCCUCCCUCACCAUCACCUCCCCCCUCACCAUCACAUUCCUCCUCACCAUAACCUUCCUCCUCACCCAUCACCUUCCCCCCUCACCAUCACCUCCCUCACCAUCACCUUCCUCCCCACCCAUCACCUUCCUCCCCACCAUCACCUUCCUCCCCACCCAUCACCUUCCCCCCUCACCAUCACCUCCCUCACCAUCACCUUCCUCCCCACCCAUCACCUUCCCCCCUCACCAUCACCUCCCUCACCAUCACCUUCCUCCCCACCCAUCACCUUCCCCCCUCACUCACCUCCCUCCUCCCCCCCUCACCAUCACCUUCCUCCCCACCCAUCACCUCCCCCCUCACUCCUUACCAUCACCUUCCUCCCCACCCAUCACCUCCCCCCUCACCAUCACAUUCCUCUCCACCAUCACCUUCCUCCCCACCCAUCACCUCCCCCCUCACCAUCACAUUCCUCCUCACCAUCACCUUCCUCCUCACCAUCACCUUCCUCCCCACCCAUCACCUCCCCCUUACCAUCACAUUCCUCCUCACCAUCACCUUCCUCCCCACCCAUCACCUCCCCCUUACCAUCACAUUCCUCCUCACCAUCACCUUCCUCCUCACCCAUCACCUCCAUCCUCACCUUCCUCCUCACCAUCACCUUCCUCCCUCACCAUCACCUUCCUCCCCACCAUCACCUUCCUCCCUCACCAUCACCUCCCCCCUCACCAUCACAUUCCUCCUCACCAUAA